GGGAGAGGGCGAAGCAAGCUCCCCGUUGAGCAAGGAGCCCUAUGCAGGGCUCAAUCCCAGGACCCCAGGAUCAUGACCUGAGCUGAAGGCAAACGCUUCAUGGACUGAGCCACCCAGGCGCCCCUGCUCAACCAAACUUCUUGGCCCUGCUUAAACUAUUUGUCCUGAUUCGGAAAAGGCUCUCCAAUAGUUCUGGUUUCCGUUUUUACCUUCCAUUUGGUCCAAAAAAGGUUGCUCCUUCAAGCCCCUGAGCAGUUUAUCUGCUCCAUUUUUUCCUCCUGAUACUGGGCUCCGUUUCUGCACAUCACCUUUGAUGCACCAAUGCUGCCAGACCUAAGCUUCCCCUGCUCCUGGCAGCCUGGGCCCAUGUUCCGUUCGGGUAGCCGGCUGUCAGCCCUGGUGCUCUGUCACGGGAUGCCAGCACCUGACGGGCUUCUUAGAGUGCCACAUACACUUCAGGUAUGUGAAACGUUUUCCCACCCUUUUUAUCAUGAAAAGAAUGUCCAAGAAGGCACCCUUGGCCUGUACAUUUUGGUGAAGCCGAUGGUAAUUUAUUCCCACACUAUCCUGUUUCCUCUUCCCAAAUUGCUCUGGGUCUCCAGUCUGUCUUUUCUUUACCAAUACCUGGCCAUGUGUGACCAUGGAUAUCCAUUGGUCUCCGUGGCCUUGUUUCAAGUAAGUGUUCAUCAGCCAGGAAACAGGUUUUGGACACUGACUUCUGGACAGUAUUCUAUGUACCUGGACCCUUGAAAAUAAAAAGUAUCUCGUGAAAGUAGCCCUCCAGAGUUUGCUGAGCCGAGGGAAGCAUAAGCCCAAUCGCGGGCGCUUGAACUUAACAGCCAAGGCUUUGUGCUCCCUUCUUCGCGGACCCUCCUCGCCUAGGACAGAGGCAGGCAAGGGGCGGCGCGCUGAGGGAGGUUCCCCCAAGUCUUACUGUCGGCCGGUCCGGGCUGCAAAAAUGUGCCCAGCGGCGGAGGGAGUCUUCCUCCAGCUUUGCGCGCGAUGCCAAUCACAGCGGGGCGGCCCCUGAGCUUCCUGCUCCCCUGAAGCUUCCACCGCAGAAACAAGAUACCCAGGACGACAGGCUUCUCGGAAUCGGAGCCUCCGCCCGAGUCCCACGCCACAGCCCUCCGCUCUCAGGGCCCCGAAGUCGGGGCACCGCCCACGCUUCCACCACCACUCGAGCGCGGGGGCUCGGGAGUUGUAGUCUCCGGCCGAGCGCGGGCGCGGGGGCCGGGGCGGCGCGGACUCCACGUCCCGGCGGGCGGCGCGGCGCGGCCGGGGCGCCAGGGGCGGGGCCGCUCGGCCCUUUAAACCUUCCAGGGCUGCUCCGAGGGCCGCAGCUAGCGACGGCGCCACGCGGGGCCGAGCAGGGCGCGGCGGCGGCGGUAGCGGCGGGGCGCUCCGGGGAGGCCUGGGCCGCUGAUGGUUUUGACGAAGUAUCUUAAGGUAGCUGGGCCGGCCCCCUUUUUCCCACCUACCUCUUGGCCUUCCCCCUACACCACCACCACCCUGGCUCCCCUCCCUCAUGACCGCCUGGAUCCUCCUUCCUGUCAGCUUGUCAGCAUUCUCCAUCACGGGCCUAUGGACUGUGUAUGCCAUGGCCGUGAUGAACCGCCACGCAUGCCCUGUGGAGAACUGGUAUGGCGCACUCUGCAGACAGCCUUCCUCUAAAGCUCCCUUCAUCUCUGUUCCCUCUUGGGUCGGGGCAGCUGCGAGCCAGACGGAGACCCUGGGCCUCACUGCUCUUAUCUGACAUUGGCAACGCCUGCCCCUCCCCAGGUCCUACAACGAAUCCUGCUCUCCUGACACCGCUGAACAAGGGGGCCCGAAGACCUGCUGCACCCUGGACGAUGUUCCCCUCAUCAGCAAGUGUGGCACAUAUCCCCCAGAGAGCUGCCUCUUCAGCCUCAUUGGCAACAUGGGUGCUUUCAUGGCUCCUGGAGCAGAGUCGUCAUUCCUGGGUUAACACCACAACGCUCAUCACGGGUUGCACCAAUGCUGCGGGCCUCGUGGUGGUCGGCAACUUCCAGGUGGAUCAUGCGAAGUCUCUGCACUACAUCGGAACUGGUGUGGCCUUCCCCGCCGGGCUGCUCUUCGUCUGCCUGCACUGUGCCCUCUCCUACCAUGGGGCCACUGCCCCCCAGGACCUGGCCAUGGCCUACCUGCGGAUUGUACUGGCAGCCAUCGCCUUUGUCACCCUAGUCCUCAGCGGUGUCUUCUUUAUGCAUGAGAGCUCUCAGCUGCAGCACGGGGCAGCCCUGUGCGAGUGGGUGUUUGUGAUUGACAUCCUCAUUUUCUACGGCACCUUCAGCUAUGAGUUUGGGGCAGUCUCCUCAGAGACACUGGUGGCUGCGCUGCAGCCUGCCCCUGGCCGGGCCUGCAAGUCCUCCGGGAGCUGUAGCACCUCUACUCACCUCAACUGUGCUCCCGAAAGCAUCACCAUGAUCUGAGAUCUGGGGAGGGUGGCUGGCCCAGCCUCAGCAGCUCCCCACCUCUUAACUUUGCAUUUAUUUUGUACCAAAAACAAUUUUGAGAAAGUAUUCUGCUGGGAUAUAGGCUUCCUUGCUGCUGGAGGAGUGGCCAUCCCAUGCCCACCUGUGCCAUAGGGGAGCAGGCCUGGCGGUGGCCUGGACCACACACAACCUACUCUCCAACUCUGCAGUGUUGUUUUUAUGUUUAAAGGUCACAUAUCCUCAAUCACCCAGCCGGCCCUUCAGGUGCCUUCUACUCCCCAGUGCCAAGGCCACACCACUGGGGUUUCCUGCUGCAGAAAUUGGGGGCUGGGAACAGCAAGAGGGACAGAAGUCUGUGGGAAGGCCCACUUCUGGGCCCACUGAGGUGCACUGGGAUUCUUCACUCUGCCCCUUACUUUCUUUUGGGCAAAUAAUACAGCAGAACCACAUGGGUAUUUUAGUACUUUUUUUUUUUAAUCUAUUAAAAGAAUUCUAAUUUG